AUGUUCGUUCUUUUGAUUCUUUUAUGUUUAUCUGCGGAAAUUAACACGGCACCCGUUAAAUUACAAAUAUUCAAAGAACAAAAACAAACACCUAAUCCACAAGUGGCAGAGACUACUCCUGCAAUACCUUAUACGAUUAUAAAGGAUGGUCAUGGUGCAGUCUAUGAAUGGCAAAGUGAUACAAUCACUGUACGUUUAACUGGAGCUCAAACACAAGAACUAUUCACUCUUACUGAAGAUGCAAUGAAACCAACGUUCAAACUAGGUUUUCAUCUCCAUAGAAAACAUGCCGAAACAUUUCAUAUUAUCGAAGGAGACGUAGAAUUUCGUUUAGGUAGUAAAACAUACGUUGCAAAAGCUGGAACAACAAUUCACGUACCAUCAAAUACACCUCACGGUGUUAGAGUUAUCAAUGGACGACAGGCUCGUAUGAUUAUGAUAUAUUCACCAGCCGGAAUCGAAAAUUUUCUCAAAGAAAUGAAAACAUUUACUGAUGAACAGUUUGCUGAUGAAAUAUUUAUGAAAGCAUUCAAUGACAAAUAUGAUAAUAUUCAGUUGGAAUAA